GAUAAGAUUUCUGUCCAAGCCGCGAAUAGAUAGAUCGUGGAGAUUGCAAACAUUUUUUAUUAUUAUUAUUUCUAUUUUUUUUUUUUUUGAAUGUCUAUUUAACGCACACGUAUGCACCCGCCCUCUCAGGGCUCAGAUUAUGAACGCUGGUAAUCCCACUUGGAAAACGUCACGAGAUCCGUUUCUCCACCUAGUAGUUAAUUGGUGCUCGGCGAUUCACUCCUGAUUGGCUGGUAGUAAAAAAGCACCUGCAGCUGAAAGCUAUUUCAAGAUUGCGGGGAAAAGAGCUUGGGACAAUUAAGGGAAUCGGUUUGGUUUGCAGGUUGUGCUACGACUUCUCCGAGAAAUCGAAAAAAUGAUGGCAGCGGAACUGGUUGCUCAUAUGAAAAUCAGGUCUGGCGAUUGCAUCAAAGUGAAAGGCAAGAUAGAAUUAGAUGCCAAAAGUUUUGCCAUCAACCUGGGCCAGAAUGAAUCUGAACUGGUCCUUCACUUCAACCCUCGCUUCGAGAGUUACGGGGAUGUUAGGACCAUUAUUUGCAAUUCCAAAACGUGUGGCGAAUGGGGGAUGGAAGUCAGGGAGGCAGCAUUCCCUUUCCAACAGGGGGAAGAAUUCAAGCUCUUUGUCUGCUUUGAUGCCAAACAAAUCACCGUGAAAAUGCACAAGGGGGAAGAACUCAAGUUCCCAAAUAGACUGGAAAUAGAUACAGCGGAAUACUUCUCCAUUGUUGGCGAUGUGAGAAUUAAAACUGUCAAAUUUGAUUGAGCCCAUCCCUGUUUAUGAAGCCCGAAAUAAAACUUGCAUGAAUAAA